ACGUGUACUUCCUUGAAGGGUGGUGCGGUACUUUCAGGAAAUAAUUCUGAAAGUAAAUUCCAUAUCAUCACGCUGGACAAUUUGCCGAAGCGCUGACAAAAAAAGAGGGGCUACAGUCUCACAAACGCAGACAUGGAGUCGAGUGCUUACGGUGCAUCGCUGGCCGGUGGAGCCUUUGAUUUCGGGAGCUUUAUAAAACGACCGCAGACUAUCGUCCGGCUGUUCAGUUGGCUCUUCUCCAUAGUGGUGUUUGCUACCAUCAUUUCUGAAGGCUACAUUAAUGCAAAGGUUGAAGAAACCACUAAAUGCAUGUUCAAUGAGAAUGACAGUGCUUGCAGCUAUGGAAUUGGUAUUGGAAUUUUAGCCUUCCUGGCCUGUGUUGCCUUUACUGUGCUGGAUGCCUACUUCCCCCAGAUCAGCAAUGCCAAUGACAGAAAAUACAUUGUCUUGGCUGAUCUUACUUUCUCUGGUGUGUGGACGUUCCUGUGGUUCGUGUGUUUCUGCGUCCUAGCCAACCAGUGGUCUCGCACUGAUCACACAGCCGCCCCAGUUGAUGCAGCUCGAGCUGUGGUGACCUUUUCCUUCUUCUCCACUGCCACCUGGGCCCUGCUUACUGUGCUCGCAUUUCGACGAUACCGCCAAGGGAUGGACGAGGUUGGCCUAGGCUACAAUGAUCCAGCCAGUGACCAUACUUCCCCGUACCCUUCGGCAUAUAGUGGUGCUCCAGAGGGUUACCAGCAGUCCCCAUUUGCUGCCAGUUCUACAGGACAGGGAGGGUAUCAGCCUCCAGCGUACUAAGGGUGAAGGCAUUUUAACGCUUCUGAGAGGCUCACCUGUGUGGACUGUUUCAUACGCUCCACUUUUUCCUAUUCCAUAAGAGUUUAAAAUGUGACCUGGGAUUGGUGUGCUUUGCUAGUGUGUAUUUUCAUGUUUGAACAAGUUAUUUAUUUUUAUUUUGUUUGGAUGCAAAUUCUAAACGUAACCCAAGGUGUAAAAAGUUUGCACUUCUGCAGAAUUCCCUUGCUGGGUUUUUGUUCCUCCAAAUUAGUUUCUGAAAACAGAUUCAACACCAGCUGCAGUUUAUACAUUUACGAACCCGAUGGAAUUUGCUUUAUUCCAUGUCUUGAAUGCACAAUCACAUAUGAAGUCUACAUAACUGACGUGCCUUAAAAGUAAAAUCGAAACAAAAUUCCUCCUAUGCAGACUAUAGAAAGUGAACUCUUUGUGCCAAAUACAUUACCACAAUUGAGUAAUUCCUUAAAAGCAUUGCCAAAUAUCACAUUUGUUGAAAAGUAUGCACUAAACCUAUUGCCAUAUGGCUUUAUUAACUGCUAACUUCAGUUUUGUUGAAUAGAUAAUAGAUGAAUAGUUGGAUUGAGGUUGUGAGGAAAGAAAUGAAUGAGUAAACUACUGUAAACGUGCUUUAAUUUAAUUUGUGACAGACAAUAGGCUUUGUGUGGAUAAUAAGCCUUAUUUGUAAUCUUUAAGCACCUGAGUUUUGAAGUGUUAAACAAUUAUACAAUGUAAUGUUGUUGAUGACUUCUGGCAGUUUACCUUUAAAAUGUUCUUUUAUGUCAGGCCAAAUUCACUGCGAGAUUCCUACCUCUUACUGUUGAAAUUGUGCAUUAUUUUGAAAUGAUUGUCUAGGAAUUGAAAUUAAUUGCUAGGAUUUCUCAUAUUUCUAUUAAUGUAUUUCUGCAUUGACUAUUUUAGACCACUUUUACUUUUUUAUUCAUUUCCCUAACAUGACAAAAAGAAACUAGAAUAAAUUAUAAUCUAAGUUGGCCACUAAGUAACUCUUUUCAAUAUGGUUGUUUUGUUAAAGGUAGGGAGAUUUUCUUUACACAGUUCUGUUUUAGCACAUAAUCGUUGUGUCUUUCUGUUACUUUGCAACUGUUUUUGUAACAGCAGGUAUUGCAACAUUUUCAUUUUGUACGGAAAUGCUGCACAAUAAACACUUGAUUCUGUCUAAUGUUAA